CAACGAGAAUACCGCAAAUCCACGUGUAGUAAAUAUAUUAUUGGUCGUGGAGUCAGGUGGUCUAUCAUGUGACAAAUCACGAGAAUCAAAAUGGCGCUGCCCAUUGGCAAGAAAAUGCUGCUCGCUGUUUUAACACUGUGUGCUUUAGUUUUUGAUAGUGCAAAUGGCAUAGGAUUUCAUCGCAGUAACUUGUAUUCGCGUACUAAGAGUAUUUUGUCACCAGGCACUUACAGGACUUUGUACAUAAAGACAAAGGUUGAUCACUUCAGUUUCACCAAUGAUGACACAUACAUGAUGAGAUACCUAGUGGCAGAUCAGUUUUGGGACCAGAAGGGUGGGCCCAUCUUCUUCUACACAGGAAACGAGGGAGACAUCACCUGGUUCUGCAAUAACACAGGCUUUAUGUGGGACAUUGCUCCAAAGUUUAAAGCAAUGCUUGUGUUUGCAGAGCACAGAUAUUAUGGAACCUCAAUGCCAUAUGGCGCAGAAUCCUAUAAGGAUGUUCAGCACCUAGGAUAUCUUACCUCUGAACAAGCAUUAGCAGACUAUGCAUUACUCAUCAAUCACAUGAAGUCCACCAUACCUGGAGCAGAGAAUAGCCCAGUGGUGGCAUUUGGAGGCUCAUAUGGGGGCAUGCUGGCAGCAUGGUUCAGGAUGAAGUAUCCAAGUGUUGUUGUAGGUGCUCUAGCUGCUUCUGCACCCAUAUGGCAGUUUCCUGGUGAGACGCCUUGUGAAGUUUUUUACCAGAUUAUAUCCAAGGACUAUGCUAUGUCCGGCCCAGGCUGUGCAGAUACCAUCAGGGCUUCUUGGAAGGCAAUUACAAAUCUUGGUCAGACAGAUGCUGGAAGAAAGACCCUCAGUGAGACAUUCCACCUAUGUAAGCCACUUAAGACCACAGCCGAUGUGAAUGCCAUGAAAGCUUGGUUGUCAGAGACCUGGGGAAACCUGGCUAUGGUGGACUACCCUUACCAAGCUAGUUUUCUCGAACCAUUGCCAGCUUGGCCUAUCAAGGUUGUUUGCAGUCAUUUGGUUAAUCUUACCAAGUCCUCAGAUCUUCAUCUUCUCUCAGGUAUUUCAACAGCAGUAGGAGUGUACUAUAACUACACAGGGCAGGCUAAGUGCUUCAAUAUCUCACAGCAAGGAACUGCUGACCUGGGAGAUCAGGGCUGGAACUUCCAGGCUUGCUCUGAGAUGGUGAUGCCAUUGUGUACUGAUGGUGUACAUGACAUGUUUGAGCCUCAGCCCUGGGACUUUAAUGCCUUUGCCAAGGGCUGUAAAAAACAGUUUGGUGUGGUGCCAAGGCCCCAGUGGAUAAAGACCCAGUAUGGGGGAAAGAAUAUUACUAGUGCUUCCAAUAUCAUUUUCAGCAAUGGUCGAUUAGACCCAUGGUCAGGUGGGGGUGUCACAACGUCCCUCUCAGACUCCCUCAUAGCCAUCAUCAUAGAGGAGGGGGCUCACCAUCUGGACCUCAGGGGAAGCAAUCCUCAGGACCCUCAGUCAGUCAUAAAGGCCAGGCGACAGGAGAUGGGCAUUAUUAAGAAGUGGGUGCAAGGGUGAUGCACUACAAGUUCAAGUACAUCCAAGAUGCAAAAAAGUUGAUGAUUUGCAAUAAUAAAUGUGCCAAAAUGGUUGUAUUCAAGAAGUCAUUGCAUGGAGGAUGUUGCUGGUGGACUUAAUUGAGUCAGACCAGGAAAACUAAGUUUUUGUCACUACAACCGAUUCAUUUAUAGAAAAAAAUCUGCACAUUUUUACUUUCAUUGAUAUAGGAAGUUAAUCUUGUGGUUCAGUAACUUUACAACUUAGCCCCAAGAGAAGAUACUCAUAGAACAGUCUUGAUUUAAUAUAAAUUUUAGUUUUUAAUAGACAUUCUGUCAUAUCACAUUCCUUGAACAUUUUAAGCAGCUGAUACAUUGCUCAGUAUGUUGGAAGCAUAACAGCUGAAAAGGCAUUUUUUUGUGAUAUUUUGCAAGUAGCAAGGUAGAAUUAUUCUUGUCAAUUCUUUACUUUUUGUAACAGAAUGGGGAAGAGCACAAGGAAUAGAUUUAUGUACUUAUUGGGGAUUUUUUUCUUGUCAGAAAAAUGUGGAGUUCUCACAGGUUAAACACUAUACUCUGCAUCACGUAAUCAUUGUUACACAUUCAUUGCUGGAUUAAGCACAAUGUUUGGAUUGUUCUUUUAAGAGUAUUAAAAUACUCUGUAUUUUCAUAUUAAACUAUGCAAAAUGACUGUAAUUAUCAGGUGGAGUGCAUGCCUUUGAAUUGUCCAACACAAACAUAAGUCUAUUAAUAUAAUAUUUGUCAAAGUACGAUGCAAAGCUAAAUUAUUUUGAUUAACAAAGGCAAUUGCCUUGUUGCUGAGCAACAAAGUAUAAAUGAACCUAACUUUUCCAUAUUAAAAUAAAUUUGCAUCAUACAAUAUCAUUCUAAUAAAAAUUAAGUGAAAUUCUUUGUUGUUAUUAUUGAACAAAGGUAGAUCCAGGCAUAAUUGUGUUGAAUACCUGACACAUUUUGAGUAAUUAAAACUGUUAAUGAUGUACUCCAAAUGACA